GAAAGCAGUUCCAGAGUGUCUCAGUCUGUUCCUUCUCUCACUUGACACUGUAGUCUGCUAUUUACUCUAUAUUUAACUUUUGUUCACCUGCCUGGAAGAUUCCAGCCAGCGCCAUGACCGAUGAUGAGCUGUCUGCCUUGGUGGUAGAUAAUGGGUCAGGAAUGUGCAAGGCAGGCUUUGGUGGUGAUGAUGCCCCCCGGGCUGUGUUCCCAUCCAUGGUAGGGCGUCCCCGGCAUCAGGGGGUCAUGGUCGGCAUGGGCCAGAAAGACUGCUAUGUGGGGGAUGAAGCUCAGAGCAAGAGAGGCAUCCUGACUCUGAAGUAUCCCAUUGAGCAUGGAGUGGUCACCAACUGGGAUGACAUGGAGAAGAUCUGGCACCACACUUUCUACAACGAGCUCCGUGUGGCACCAGAUGAGCAUCCCAUCCUUCUCACCGAGGCACCCCUCAACCCCAAGAUCAACCGGGAAAAGAUGACUCAGAUCAUGUUUGAGGCCUUCAAUACACCGGCCAUGUAUGUGGCUAUCCAGGCCGUGCUGUCCCUCUAUGCCUCUGGGCGGACCACAGGUAUCGUGAUGGAUUCUGGGGAUGGGGUUACUCACACUGUGCCCAUCUAUGAAGGUUAUGCCCUGCCUCAUGCCAUUCUACGUCUGGACCUGGCUGGCAGAGACCUGACCGACUACCUCAUGAAGAUUCUGACAGAACGAGGCUACAACUUCACCACCACAGCUGAGCGGGAAAUUGUUCGUGAUGUCAAAGAGAAGCUGUGCUACGUGGCCCUGGACUUUGAGCAAGAGAUGGUCAGUGCUGCUGCAUCCUCUUCACUUGAAAGGAGCUACGAACUUCCAGAUGGGCAAGUAAUCACCCUUGGGAAUGAACGCUUUCGAUGCCCUGAAUCCAUUUUCCAGCCUUCCUUUUUGGGCAUUGAGUCCAGUGGGAUCCAUGAGACGACUUUCAACUCUAUCAUGAAGUGUGAUGUGGAUAUUCGCAAGGAUCUAUAUGCCAACAUCGUGUUGUCUGGAGGCAGCACUAUGUACCCUGGCAUUGCUGACAGGAUGCAGAAGGAAAUCAUGACUUUGGCACCUAGCACCAUGAAAAUCAAGAUCAUAGCUCCCCCAGAGAGGAAGUAUUCCGUUUGGAUUGGGGGCUCUAUUCUGGCCAGCCUGUCUACAUUCCAGCAGAUGUGGAUCAGUAAGCAGGAAUACGAUGAAGCUGGUCCUCCCAUAGUUCAUAGAAAAUGUUUCUGACUGGUCUUCAUGCUAAUGGGUUUACAUCUUUUCCUUCUCUAGGUCAUAGUAAUGGUACUGCUUUUAUCCACUUUCCAUUGAGUCAAGGUAAAUACUCUAUACUUGCUAGUAUAGAGCCAGCCAAACUGAUCUCCAUUAGAGUACUGUGGGCUCCUGCCCAGCUAACCACAUCUUGACCUUUAUCAACUCAAGGAGAGUUGAUUCUAUUUUCUUCACUAUAAGGCUCAAAGAAAUGUUGUCCUCCUUAAAUGAAAAUGAGUGACAAGGAGUAAAAUCCUAAGAAAUGUCCUUUCAGAAUGAGUAACUAGCAUUUCCAAGCUUUAAAAACUAGUUCAUGCCUUAAGUAUUUAACCAUAUGCCAUGUAACCCUAUAGAAAUGUGUAUGUUAGCAACAAGUCUUUUUAGUUAGUAUUUUUUUUCUUUUUCCUUUGUACAAAGAUAAUGAAUUAUAUGGGUCAAUAAUAUCCAUAUAUACAUAAGCACCAAAGAAAUAAAAUAUUCUAUCUUAAAAGACACUGAUAAAUCUGGCUGUCUAAACAGCUAACAGGAAUUUCUUAACUCCCCAACAGUCACUGUUUUAGUAGCUACAUAUUUUAGUUGUUUCCUUUAUUAAAUAAGCAUAAUGAAACAGCCUAUAUUCCAUUAAUGUUGCUUAUAAAUGAACUAAAUUUUCUGCUCAGAGUGGAGUUCUGCUGGUGAAACACAAAUUUUAAUGUCUAAUUUACUGAAUUUCAUUCUAUUUGUAAAAUAGCAAAAUGACAGAUAAUGCUUAACUUUUUAAAAAUAGAAAUGUUGGGGCACCUGGGUGGCUCAGUCAGUUAAGUUCGACUUUUGAUUUCAGUUCAGAGUGGUGAGAUCAAGCCCCAAGUCGGGCUUCUCACUUAGAACUGAAUCUGCUGGAGAUUCUCUCUCUCUCUCCGUCUACUCCUCCCCCUACUCACAUGCACUCAUGCGCUCACUUUCUAAACAGAUAAAUAAAAUCUUUAAAAUAAAUAAAUAAAAACAAAAUAGAAAUGUAAUAUUAAAGUAAUGUCAUCAUGCUAAUCAUGGUAUGUGAUAAAGAUCAUUUUAUUUCUAUUUAUUAGCAUAACACAUCUUGAAUAAUUUCUGUAGUCCAUAAUUUCAGAUAUUUCACUAAUCAAGGAUUUCACCAUGGAAAAACAUAGCUACAGCUUCUUAGCAAAUUAUAAAUUCUAACACCAACAUAAUAAUUCCAAUUUUAUUCUUGGAAAGAUUAGAAUAAUUCUGCUUUAUUAUGUCUGGUACUAGAAAUAGUUCUUCAUUUGGAGUGUCUCUAAGAUAUUGACAUCUUAGAAAAUGCUAGUGUAUCUCUUCCUACAAUCUCUGAAAAUUUUUAAUGAACCCAAUGAUAAUCUUCAACCAACUUUAAGGACCAGUAUAUUUAUUUCAAUCUACUCUGCCUUCUAAUUAUCUGAAUAUUAGAGUUAUUCGUAUCUUUCAGGGUUUUUUUUUCCAAAAAAUUAAAAUAAUUCGGGGCACUGCUUUGUAAGGCAUAAUCACAUUCUCAGGAAGGAGUAAUUUCUUCUUUUUUCCUUUUAGUUGGGAAGCCUAUACUUGUGUUUUAAAGGUCUAAGUUGGAGUCUUGUAAGCAUUUUUUGCUUGAGACAAAAUUUUUCAAAGAAUUUACUUGUUCUUUACUUCAUAUGACAACAUAAUUCUUAAAAAUACAUUUAGCCAAAAUCAAUCUCCAAAGGCACAUUAUUUUAUAAAACUUGGAGUUUCCUUCCUCCUUCAAUUAAUUUUAAAUAAAUUAAAAUUGCUUCAUA